GUGCAGGGCGGGCUCGGGGCCGCCAAGAGCCUCUGGUCCUGGGGCUUCGGCAAGGUGAAGGAGACCGCGGCCACGGUGGGCGACAGCAUCGCCAGCUCCGAGUUCCUGAAGGAGACGGAGAGGCUCGCCGACCGGGCCUCGCAGGCCAUCGAGACCGGCAGGACGAGGGCCGGCGCGAAGCUGUCGGAGCUAAACCAGAACCUGCAGCCGGCCCUGGCGCAGACGGAGGAGAAGCUGGCCGCAGCGAAGGUCCGGGCCGCGGAGCUGGGCGAGAAGGCGCAGCCGAAGAUCCAGGAGGCGUCGGAGACGGCCAGGCGCGGGCUCUUCAGCGCCGCGUCGAACGUGGCGAGGACCGCGAUAUGGUUCCAGUCGAUGGGCUCCACGAGGGACUCCAGCGACGAGGAGGACGCGCCCGCCUCGCGGUCGGCGGCCGCGGCGCCGCCGCGGGAGGGGGCGAUGGCCCCCGAGCCUGCCCCAGCGGCCGCAGCGCCCAUGGGAGCGCCCGCGGGCGGCUACCCGGCCGCCGAGGCCGGCUCGCGGCGGGCGGCGCCGGGGCAGGCCGCGGCGGUGUGGACGGACGAGGGCGUCGUGGGGGCGGCGGCCGGCGGUGCCGCAGCCGCGGCGGAGGCGAAGGCGGACGUAGAGCAGGCCGACAAGGCGGAGGCGGAGGCCAAAACCAGGGCGGAGGCGGAGGCGAAGGCGGAGGCAGAGGCCAAAGCCAAGGCCGAGGCGGAGGCGAAGGCGAAGGCGGAAGCAGAGGAGGCCGCCAAGGCGGAGGCGGAUGCCAAAGCCAAGGCAGAUGCAGACGCGAAGGCGGAGGUUGAGGCCAAGGCCAAGGCAGAGGCAGAGGCGAAGGCCAGGGCGGAAGCCGAGGAGGCCGCCAAGGUGGCGGCGGAGACCAAAGCCAAGGCAGAGGCGGAAGCGAAGGCGGCGGCGGAGGCGGAGGCCAAAGCAAAGGCAGAGGCGGAGGCGGAGGCGAAGGCGGCCGAGGAGGCCGCCAAGGUAGCGGCGGAGGCCAAAGCCAAGGCGGCGGCUGAGGCGGAGGCGGCGGCGGCGGCGGAGGCCAAAGCCAAGGCGGAGGCGGAGGCUAAGGCGGCGGAGGCCAAAGCCAGGGCGGAGGCGGAGGCGAAGGCGGAGGCAGAGGCAGAGGCGAAGGCGAAGGCGGAAAGAGAGGAGGCCGCCAAGGCGGAGGCGGAGGCCAAAGCCAAGGCAGAGGCAGAGGCCAAAGCCAAGGCCGAGGCGGAGGCGAAGGCGAAGGCGGAAGCAGAGGAGGCCGCCAAGGCGGAGGCGGAGGCCAAAGCCAAGGCAGAUGCAGAGGCGAAGGCGGCGGAGGCGGAGGCCAAGGCCAAGGCAGAGGCAGAGGCGAAGGCCAGGGCGGAAGCCGAGGAGGCCGCCAAGGUGGCGGCGGAGGCCAAGGCGAAGGCGGAGGCAGAGGCGAAGGCGGCGGCGGAGGCAGAGGAGGCCUCGAAGCCGCCGGCUGCAACGGCAGAGGCCGCCCCGAGCAAGGCUGCCGUGGACGACUUUGAGGACCUGCUGGGCUGAGGCGGCGCCUCGACGGGGUGCGCAUUCGGCGCCUGCCCCCCAUCUCCGGAGCGGCGCGGCGACCCGGCACCGAGGAGGAACGGAGGGCGAGAGGGAUCCUCCUCCUGCUCCUCCUCCUCCUCCUCCUCUGCUCCUCCUCGUCUCCCUCGCCCUUCCUCGUUCUGCCUCCUCCUCGGUCCGCCCCCCCUCCCCCCUCCCCCCCGAGAUCGCGCGCCUCCGCCGUCUUGGGCGGGCGCGCGGCGCCUGUUUCAGAGUCCUCAGGGAGCGCGUAGCCGUCGGGCAGGCCGAGAGCUAGGUGGACCUGCCCCCUGAUGCCACCAGUGCCAGAGCA